CUGCCACGUUGGUUACAUAGAACCCCCACUGCAAGACUGAUCAUGAGGGGCGAUCGAGUCAGAGAGUCUUCCUCGUCGGCUUUACCCCAGCCCUUAUCACAGACAAGUCUCCCGAAGGCCCAGCACUGCGAGCAUCUCUGAUCGUCGCCGCCAAUUCAUCCUACACAAGUCAACAGCGGAUCGCGGUUUCUCGUUGCGACGGAAGCUAAAGCGAAAUCCCUUAUUCUCGUUGUCGCCAACGUUACCCUAAAUAGGAGUCGCCACUUGACGCGAAAGCUGAAGCGAUGGUCGGUAGCGAAUCGAAUGCCGUUUGGCCUCAGAGCAGGCCACAACGCCAUCUCGCUUCUGGUGAGACGAGUGAGAGGGCACCCAGAACCAUGCCGCGUACGACCAUCUCCUCGCAAUGGCACCAUGGUCACCACCCGCCCCACCAGCACCCCUCCACCGCCCCUCGCCUCAGCAGCCGCAGCGAGUUGCCCACCACCGUGAGGCUCGUGCCCACGUCUGCCAGCAUGGCCAGCCACAGCUGCGCGCGGCCGGCCACAGCCAGCCCCAGCACGGUGCCCUUUACUAGCACCGACACCGCCACAUUCUCACACACCACCCACUGCACCGCCCGCCCCAGCCACAGCGCCCGCGCCCGCGCCAGCUGGCGCAGGUCAUCUGACAUCAGCGCCACGACAGCAGCCUCCAUUGCUGACUGACGCGGACGCGAUGGUGCCCAUGGCGGCGCUGACAUCAGCGGGGCGGCGAGGGCGGGCGCGUCGUUGAUGGCGUCGACCACCAUGCACGUGGCGCCAUGGGCCGCCUUGAGCGCUGCCACCGCCGCCACCUUGUCCUCGGGCAGCAGUCGUGUGAGUGGAUAGUGGAUAGGGCAGUGAACGGCAACCAAAAGUGCUGCAAGUAGGCUGACACACUUUGUUCCUUGCACGGGAAAUGUGGGGGGACGCCUAUCUCUACCUAGGGUGUCUCUCACAGCCUUUGAGGGCCACAAUCCCACGUCAACCCUUAAAUCGUCCUUCCACCCACCCACGCUCUCGCGUAUACUGGCCCUACACGGCCACGUGCAACCCCAGCUCCCGCACCAGCUGCCCUGCCACCUCAGCUGCUUCGGGCCGAAGCGAGUCAGCGGUGGCAAUGGCUGCCUUGGGGAUGGCUGUCCACAUCGAGCCACGUCACCAUGGCCCCGAGGCUGAGCUUGUGUUUGGCUAGGGCGCAGUGGCUGGUGCACCAUCGUUGGGUUGGGCCAUGGCGCAUAGAGGGGAAGGCGUAGCAACGUGGAGGUGUGGGAAGGCGUAGCGACGUGGAGGUGUGGGAAGGCGUAGCGACGUGGAGGUGUGGGAAGGCGAAGGGAUGGGGGAAAAGGAAUGGAGAUAUGGAGGGAAGGGUAUUGAUGCCCUAAUGAAGGCAAUGGCAGAGCUUGGAUUCUGUCAUCAGUUAA